AUGACAAAAAAUUACUGUGGAUAGUGUGUCGAUUCUGACAAUAUUGAUCACAACCCUAAUUAAGGAAAGUAUAUCUGUAGACAUGGUAAAGAUUGGUACUAAUAUGAAGAGGAUUAGAGAUAAAAUAAGAAAGCAGAGAAUGAGUGUAGGACUAUUGAGAAAAUUAGAGAAAGGAUGAAAGAUGAAAGGAAGAAAGAUAAAAUACGAAUUCAGCGAAUUCGAGAUGAACAUAGAGCUUAAAAGGAAAGAGAAAAUAGAGAGAAAGAAGCAAGGUAAAAUGAACUAAAAACUUAAGCUGAGCACAACAUAAGAGAAUUUUUACUUUAGCAUCCCUAAUGUGCUUCUGUCGAUAUAAAUACUGAAGUGUUGCCUUAAGCUGUUCUUGUCGGAAUAGCUGCAGGAGUAGGGAAAGAGAUUGCAGCAAUAUUAAUUGCUAAUCCUUAAGUGCUUUUAGGAGCAGUGCUAUUUACCGGUAUUGUUGUUGGGUUCGGAUUUUUCUUGAAUUGGCUUAAUGGAAUCUUACCUCCAAAGAAGUAGAGUGAUGGAGUGCCUGUAUGGCUUUAACAUUAGAUACCUUGA